AGCUGAUGAGGGGUGCUGCUGGCCCCCCCUAGUUCUAAUCCCCACAAGGAGGGGCUGCUCUUCCAGAGAAUCCUGCAAGCAGAGGACAAAGCGGCAGCUGCCAAACGAUGCUAUAAGGGAGCAUUGCGCAACUUUAAACGAGCUUGUUCCCUAAUAGAUCAGCAACAGAACAACGUUAUCCAGGACAACGAAUAGAGACGGGAGGCACCGUACUGAUGGAGCCCGGAUGGUCGAAAGGGGAGUGGAGGAGUCAAGAGGCACCAACUUUAUUAUCAGAAUCACCCAGCUGGCAAACUGACGACCCUAAAGCAAAGACAUACACCCCAAGGACAAGAUAAGGAGUUGAGCCAGAGGGCCGAGAUAAGAAACAGCUGCGGAUCCUCCUGGUGCGCAUGAAAGACAAGGAGACACUGGCAUCCCUCAGCAGAGGUUUAAUGAUGACUGAGCUGAGCACAACGUCCCUGCUUCCAACAGAAACCAGCCCAGACUAUAGGGAUAAUGAGACUGGUUGCAAAAUACCCCGUUUAACCUAUGUGAUCCUUGAUGGUGUCACUGUGCUCAUCUGUCUCUUCGGGCUGGUGGGCAACGGGGUCGUCCUCUGGCUCCUCAGCUUCUUCAUUAAGAGGAAUCCCUUCACCAUCUACAUCCUCAACCUGGCCGUAGCAGACUUAAGCUUCCUCCUCUCCCUGCUUGUUUGCCUCAUACUUUUUACUGUGCGAUCUCUCUUCUGUUUCUAUGAAUUUGAGCAAUUUCUGAGGUUUUUUCUCAUGAUGUUUGUGUUCGCCCACAAUGCCGGCCUGUACUUCCUGACGGCCAUCAGCGUUGAGAGGUGUCUGUCUGUCUUCUACCCCAUCUGGUGCCGAUGCCACCGCCCCAAGCACCUGUCUGCCCUUGUGUGUGCCCUGCUGUGGGCGCUCUCCUGCCUGGUAACCGGAGUAAUGUCUUAUUUUUGUUAUUUUGUUGGAACUGAACACUGUCCGAUGUCAAUCAUAGCCAUGUAUGCUCUGGAUUUCUUGAUUUUCGGUCCCAUCAUGGUUCUGUCCAACCUGAUCCUGUUCAUCAAGGUCCGACGUAGCUCCCAACAACGUCAGCCUGGAAGGUUCUACAUUGUUAUCUUGCUAACCGUCCUCUUCUUCCUCGUCUUUGCUGUUCCCUUCGGUAUCCAGCGCUUUGGCUGGUAUUUUAAGAAUGUUAAUAUCCCCAUUGAGAUAAGUAAUGCACUGGCCUCUGUAAACAGCAGCAUUAACCCACUUAUUUACUUUUUAGUUGGGAGCUACAGGAAGUGGCGGUUCAGGGGCUCUGUUAAGGUCGCACUCCAGAGGGUUUUUGAAGAGCAUGCAGAUUCCAGAGAAGACAGAGAAGCCACCAGGACAGACACAAUGGAGAUGGCCAAUUAAAUCCCUACAGCACCCAGCCUCAGAGACCUUAUUGUGGAUGUGGAGCUUUAUUAAUCAGUAUGAAAA